AUGGUCCAUCUCAAGUCCAUCCUCGCCUGUGCCGCACUGGCCAGCGCCGCCGCCGUACCGGCACCCCUUGGGAGCUUCGCCGGCGAAAAGGGCCGAUUCACCGUUGCUGUCAAGUACAACGAGCACUUCCAGCGCGGCGGAGGCGGCGCUCGCGUGCCGUCCGUCGCCGGCCGCGACGACGGCGGCAGCACCACGCCGGCCUACAACAGCAAGGCGCGGCCCGACGCCGAGUACUACGCCGAGGUGCUCAUCGGCACGCCCCCGCAGACGAUCAACCUGCUCUUCGACACGGGCUCGAGCGAUCUCUGGCUGUUUGGCGCCGACGUCCGGGGCGAGGUCAGCAGCGGGCAGACCAAGUGGAACCACACGGCGAGCUCGACGGCGACGCUCGUGAGCGACGGAAACUGGUCGAUCCGGUACAUGGACGGCUCGGGCGCCAAGGGCACCAUCUACCAGGACACGGUGUCGAUUGCCGGCGCCGCCGUCAGCGGCCAGGGCGUCGAGUACGCGACCGACGUGUACCUGCAGAAGAGCGGCGAGAGCAUCCUCGGCGUGCCCGUGUCCGGCAUCGUCGGCUUCGGCUUCGACAGCCUCAACGCGGCCGCGCCGCAGCAAAAGACGCUCUUUUCCCAGCUCAAGCCGCACCUCGACCAGCCCGUCUUCACCGUCAACCUGCAGCACCAGGCCGACGGCACGUUCGGCUUCGGCUUCGUCGACGCGGACCAGUACACGGGCGAGCUGGCCUACACCGACGUCGACGCCAGGGACGGCUUCUGGUCCAUGACGUCGACCGGCUACCAGAUUGGCGACGACGACUUCGUGGCGCUCGAGUACAGCGGCGUCGUCGACACGGGCGGCUCCGCUUUCGUCGUGCCCACCAGCGCGUACAACGCCUGGCGGGAGCAGGUCCCGUCCGGCGACAUCACGGAGGACACGGAGCUGCCGGAUUUCUCGUUUGGCGUCGGCAAUGCCACGAUUCGCGUGCCGGGCGCCAACCUCAAGGAGAAGAACGACAAAGGAGGCUACUCGGUCACCAUCUAUAAUGGCGGCGACGAGGCCACGUUUGGCUCGCCUUCCAUGACGGCCGCCUACGUCGUUUUCGAGGACGGCGACAAAGGUCCGAGACUGGGAUGGGCUGCUUCUAAUUAA